UGGAGCUGCCUGGCUCCGGCUGCAGGGCUUUAGGACCCAGGGCUUGCUGAGUGGAGGAGCUGAAUCCCCUCCCGCUGUCAUCCUCCUGCCUCUGCAGCUUUAUUCCUACAGCCUUCAAUGGUGACGGACUCCCUCCCACCCGGGCUGGCAGCCAGAGCCACAAGGCCUCGCUAGGACCGAAUCCCCGCGGCUCUAUGGCAUCUCCCAGGACCAUCACCAUCGUCGCCCUCUCGGUGGCCCUGGGGCUCUUCUUCGUCUUCAUGGGGACCAUCAAACUGACCCCCCGGCUCAGCAGGGAUGCCUACAAUGAGAUGAAACGAGCAUACAAAAGCUACGUGCGGGCCCUGCCCAUGCUCAAGAAGAUGGGAGUCAGCUCCAUCCUCCUCCGCAAGAGCAUCGGCGCUCUGGAAGUGGCGUGUGGCAUUGUCAUGACACUGGUGCCUGGUCGCCCCAAGGACGUGGCCAACUUCCUGCUGCUCCUCCUUGUGCUGGCUGUGCUCUUUUUCCACCAGCUCGUGGGGGACCCUCUCAAGCGUUAUGCCCAUGCCCUGGUCUUUGGGAUCCUGCUCACCUGCCGCCUGCUGAUCGCCCGCCAGCCCGAGGAGCUGCCCCCAGAGAAGAGGAUGCUGUCGGUGAACGGGGAUGAGCAGCCACUCAUCCAUGAAGCAGCUCCUGAGAAAGGCAAAAUGAAGGUAUCCUAGUUGAGUGCAUGUGAGGAAACACGGACCCUCGAGGCAGCACUCUCCAAAAUCACCCAGAAAAUUUGUUUUUUAUUUACCUACUUGCAUUUUUUUUUUUUGUCUGUCUAAAUAAAGUUGCACUUGGGGUCUGAGAGAUACAA